UCAAGAGGGAAAGAACAGGGAGGUGGAGAACUAUUUCUCAGUUGGUCUGCCCGUCUAUCCCGCCUUGAACUCUCGCAUUACCAUGACUACAGCAUCCGAGAAUUCAGUGAAAGAAAUCACAGAGGCAGAGUGAAAUUGGAAGGCAAUAAUCUGUUUCUUUUUUUCUAAGUGGAAAAAAGUAAGAGAGGGACAGAGAGGGAGAGAGAGAGAGAGAGAGGGGGAGAGAGAGAGAGAAGGGGGAGAGCAGAGGGAGGGAAGAGACAGAAAAACAAACUAGAGUAAGAAAAAGAGCUUGUCAAAGUGUAUACGGAAAAGAGGAGCAAGGUGACACGGGAGGAGCCCGAGGAGGGAGAAGAGAGGAGAGGAGAGGAGGAGGAAGAAGAGGAGAGGAGUGAGUAAAGGUCUGAGAGAAAGCUGCCAUGGGUCUGUGUGCUGUGUUGCUCAUCUGUCUGUCCCAGGCAGAGCUUGCCAGAGUCUGGAGUCAAGAACUAUCAGGUUCACUGCAUGGACAAUCAGAUGAACAGAGAGUCAAAAGAGAUCAGCAGGUGUCAAGCAGGAGUACACAGAACAGAACAGUGCAGGAGGCAAAUGGAGGCACCCUCGCUAUCGACACUCUGUCCGACAACAUGACCAAAAUAGUGGAGGACGCUCAAAAAUAUUACUCAUGGCGUAGCUUUGGUCCUGGCGACAGACAAACUCAAGAGCUUUGGGUGGACCUGAAUUCAGUCCAGGAGGGUCAAGUCAGAGUGCAUGGAAUUCUGUCGAACACACAUCGACAGGCAGCGCGAGUGGCUCUUUCCUUUGACUUCCCCUUCUAUGGACAUCAAGUGAGGCAAAUCACCAUAGCAACUGGAGGGUUCAUUUUCACUGGAGAGAUUACACAUCGCAUGCUGACGGCAACCCAGUACAUUGCGCCUCUCAUGGCCAACUUUGACCCCAGUUUUUCCAGGAACUCUACAGUAUGCUACCUGGAUAAUGGAAAGGUGUUUGUUGUACAAUGGGACAAGGUGAGGCUACAGGGCAGGGAAGCAGAGGGAGCCUUCACCUUCCAGGCUGCUCUUCAUCGUAACGGGACCAUUGUUUUUGGCUACAGAGAUGUGCCUUUAUCAGUGGAAAGGAUCAACUCUACUGAACACCCAGUGAAGGUUGGUCUGUCUGAUGCCUUCAUGGCCUUUAUUUCUUCCCCACAAUCCCCAGCAGAAUCAAAAAGGAGGACAAUUUAUGAAUAUCAUCGUGUUGAAGUCAACACCACUGAGAUUGUAAACCGCUCUGCAUUUGUGUUCAGCCCAUUACCUACUUGCCUCCAACACACCAGCUGUGACCAGUGUCUCCACUCCAACCUCACCACAGGCUGUGGCUGGUGCAACAUCCUGCAAAGGUGUUCAGAUGGGAUUGACCGGCAUAGACAGGAAUGGCUUGAAUUCAGCUGCUCAGAGGAGGCAAAGGAGAGCACAUGCGAAGAUUAUCCAGGAGGUACAGACAGUUCGAUGAGUCCAUUCAGCUCCCCUGUUCCUCCUGCUACACCAUCUCCUGCAGCUAGGCCAGGCAGCCCUGUCACUGAGGGUUCUCCUGGUGAAGAGGAGCCACCAGAACACACUGCAAUUAUUGCAGGUGUAGUGGCAGCCCUGGUCCUACUGGUGUUUCUGACCCUGCUGGCUGUGUACUACAUAAAUACACACCCCACUGUUGCGCCGCCAUUCUACCUCAUGCAGCGCCGAACCAAUAACUAUUGGCCGUCCAUGAAGUUUCGCAAUCAGGGUUGCCAUUCCAGUUACGCCGAGGUUGAACUUGGGUUUCAUGAAAAGGAUGGCUUUAUCGAGGCAGAGCAGUGUUGAGGAGGCAGGACUUCCUCCACAAAGGAGCCAGUUAAUCUCUGUUUUUUUUUUUGUGUGUUUUGUUUUUUGGAAAAAAGGUUCAAGCACCAAAAAAGACAAUGUGAGGCUGUUAACCAACAAAUGAAUGGACACCAGAGACUGUGGAUAGUUACCUUGCAAGCUUUCUCUGCCUCCAUAGAUUUGACAGUCCAGCCUGCAAACCUCUUGUGCUAUUUGUUUAUUCCUUUCAUUAAGGAACAGGCAAUGUUAAUGGAAAAUGUGCUAGCUGUGCUCUUGGUAAAGGCAGUAAGAGUGGCACAUGCAUUAACUAUAAAGAGUCCUGCAGUUAGUGUACAGUACUAUAAAACUUUGUGGAAUUUCAUUUUUAAAAAGAUGUUUGUGUUUUAUAUGUUCAAUGAAAAAAAAAAAAAAAAAAACUCAGUUAGCCACAUGAACUGCACUUUAAAUGAAUUAUCUCAGUAGUAAUAGUGAUAUGAUGGGAUCUCUUUUUUCUUUGAACUUUUUUUAUAUUUUGUGCCCUAGAGUAAAGUUUCAGGUAUCAGUAAUGCAAGCAAUGCACCCUCAUCAAUAGACAAAUGAUAAUUUAAAAAAAUCAAAACGAUACUGUUUUAUAAACAGGCAGUUUAGAGCUUUCUAUUAAAUGUGAAGUGAAUUGAUUGGUGAUACAUUGACAAGUAAAAAUUAUAAAUAAAUUAUGGCCCAUGGCUAACCUUGGCUCCUUUGUGAAAUUAAGAUGGUCAUAUGUUUUUUAGCUCAAUGGCUUUUUUCCAACUGGGGAUGAUCAUUAUCCAGAGAUGACAAUUAUGGAUAUGGAGUUGAGUUGCACUUCAGGUACAAAUUGACUGACUCACGACUUGUACACUUCUGAAAUUCCAGCUUGAUUAUUAAAAUAAACACAAGAACUAAAUUAAGGUUUGGUAAAUUACUCAGAAUUGCAGCUAAAUGGCUUGAGACUUGUCAUCGACCUUAGCUCAGAGACUUGAAAAUCUUACAGCUCAGAGACUUGUGACUUGGCUCAGACUUGCAGUUUAGAAACUUGUAACCUUAUUCACACUUGCAGUUAGGACACUUGUGAGAUUUGCAAAAGGUGACUUGUAUUAUGACUUAAAAAAAGUGAUUUGUAAGCAUCUCUGGUAAACAAUUGGGGAAAAAAAUAGAAUUUAAAAUCUCAUAACCCAAGAAUGACAAGUGUCUUUCUUAAAAAUAAUGGAAAUGGAAUCCAGUUCCAAUCAGGGAAAUUUGUGGAAUUGUUGUGUAACCUAUUAAUGUUCUGACAAAAUUCAUAUGCAGAACUGUUACAAUUUGAAAUUGUAAUCGCAUGUCAUAUGUUUAAUACAAAGUCCUGAUUUUUAAAACGGGCAAAACUGAUACAUUGUUGUUGAGGGUUAAAAUUACAUUAAAAUGUCAUUUUGAAUAUAAAGUGUGCUUUUAGUGAACCAAUAAAGUGAAAAUAAUGUUUUGAAAACCA